GAGAUUAUGUUUUUUAUUUUUUAUCUUCCGAUCUUCGGUCCUCAAGGCCUAGGCAAUAACUUUCGUCUGGGUACUGGCAAUACGAACUCAGCUACAUAUCCAGUGCUGCUCAACUCUCUCUUACAUGUUCGAGUAACCAAGGUGGCUGUUCAUUCGGGUGGUCAGCACUGUUUGGUGCUGACUUCUGAUGGCCUUGUUUUCUCCUGGGGUGAGGGAGCUGACGGACGGUUAGGCCACGGGGACACUAAUUGUCGCGAGCUACCAGAGCAGGUUGUUUCUCUUCCUCGUGGAAUAGUGGAUGUUGUGGCCGGAGGUGCGCAUAGUGCUGCCAUAACAGAAAGUGUAAGUAUCCUAGAGCUAAUUGCCCCACUUCAUCCAAUUUCAAUUCACGUAGUUUGA